CUAAGAGGCUGAUAUCUGUUUGUCCUCCCUCGCUCCUCUCCUCCCCCUGAAAAACUCACCCUCAGUGGAGACGCCGCUGGUUUUAAAGUGCUGCUCUUCAAGGAGAAUAUCUGAGACACAUUACAAUGCUUCAAAUAAGGGACCUCAUCUGGGGAUUGCUGUUUAUUGGCUGUGCAGCUGCCAUUCAGGUGCAAAUCACUCCAACACAAGGGGAGAUCAGCAUCGGAGAGUCCAAAUUUUUCCUGUGCGAAGUGCGAUUCAAGAUCCUGUCAAACGGCCAUCUGCAGAUCCGCGGCAUCAAGAAGACGGAUGAGGGAAUGUACAACUGUGAGGCUCGAGUCACGGCCAGGGGAGAAAUAGACUUCAGGAUGAUGAAGGUCAUUGUUAAUGUCCUUCCCACCAUCCGGGCCAGGCAGUCGGAGGUCAACGCUACAGCAGAUGUUGGCAGCUCUGCCUUGUUGGCUUGUGAUGCAGACGGAUUCCCCGAACCCACCGUUACCUGGGCUCAUAACAACGUUGUCCUUGAAACGGGUGAUAAGUACAGCCUGAACGGGGACGGCUCAGAAUUGGAAAUAAAAGAUGUCAAGAAGGUGGAUGAAGGCGAUUACACUUGCAUCGCCAAGAACAAGGCAGGAGAGAAAACUGAGGAAGUCAGCCUGAACGUGUUCGUGCAACCCAAGAUUACCUUCUUGAUUAACCAAAGCGCCUCAGAGUUUGACGAACAAGUCACCCUGACCUGCGAGGCCUCCGGUGACCCCACACCUGCCAUCUCCUGGAGUUUUGGAAACAGAGUCUUCACUGAAGGAGAGCAGAGCCUUGAUAGAAACGUCGUGGUUCGCAGUCAUGCCCGGGUUUCCUCCCUCACCCUGAAGAACGUCCAGUUCACGUACGCCGGCCAGUAUCUCUGCACCGCCAGCAACUCCAUCGGUCAGGACAACCGUCACAUGUACCUGGAAGUUCGCUAUGCUCCAAAGAUCCUGGGUUCAGUGACGGUGUACACGUGGGAGGGAAACCCGGCCAACAUCAGCUGUGAGGUGGACGCUCAUCCAGGAGCUGAAGUGGUUUGGUUCAGAGACGGCCUCCAGCUGCCCAACGCCAACACCACCAACAUGAAGGUCUACAACACGCCAACCAUCAGCUACCUGGAGAGGUUCCAUCAUCGCCAGAAAUUCAACAAGUGGAACCUUUCUCCAGCACAGCGGUGGUGGAGUUCGAGGAGCCCGUCUCCAUGGGUGGAGUGCCCAUUAUCAAGUACAGAGUGCAAUGGCGUUCGCUGGGGCAGGAAUGGACCGGCAGGGAGUAUGACGCCGAGGACGACAUGACCAGGAUCACCAUCGUUGGCCUGAAACCAGAAACCACCUACGAGGUCAAGAUGUCCGCCAUCAACGGCAAAGGUGAAGGUGAGAGCAGCACGGCCA